AUGUGUAAACUGAGAAAAUAUAUAGAACCAACAGUUGUCACCGGGUGGAAAGCGUACGACGAAAACCCUUAUAAUGAAUCGUAUAAUCCGUCUGGAGUCAUACAGAUGGGACUAGCAGAAAACCAAGUUUCAUUUGAUGUGCUCGAAGAAUACUUGGAAAAGCAUUCAGAGGCAACGAACUGGGGAAAUAAAAGCUGUGGCUUUAGGGAGAAUGCUUUGUUUCAAGAUUAUCAUGGCCUACUAUCAUUCAGAAAGGCAAUGGCAAGUUUCAUGGAACAAAUAAGAGGAGGAAGAGUAAAAUUUUCUCCUGAAAGACUUGUUAUAACUGCUGGUGCUACAGCAGCCAAUGAGCUAUUGACCUUCAUUUUGGCUGAUCCCGGUGACGCCUUGCUUAUUCCAACUCCUUACUAUCCCGGGUUUGAUAGAGACUUGAGAUGGAGAACUGGUGUCAAGAUUGUACCAAUUAAAUGUGACAGUUCAAACAAUUUUGAGAUUACUCCUGAAUCUUUAGAAGCAGCAUAUAAUGAAGCUGUAUCCAUGAACAUCAAAGUUAGAGGAGUACUCAUAACAAAUCCUUCAAAUCCAUUAGGUUCAACAAUUAAGCGAUCCGUCCUCGAGGAGAUUCUUGAAUUCGUUACACGUAAAAACAUCCAUCUUAUCUCUGAUGAAAUCUAUUCAGGAUCAGCAUUUUCUUGCACUGAAUUUGUCAGCAUUUCGGAAGUUCUUGAAGCUCGAGGAUACCUAGAAGCCGAGAGAGUUCAUGUUGUUUAUAGCCUUUCGAAAGACUUAGGCCUCCCGGGGUUUCGAGUUGGGACAAUAUACUCAUAUAAUGACAAAGUUGUGACAACUGCAAGAAGAAUGUCCAGCUUCACUUUAAUUUCUUCUCAAACACAACAACUUUUAGCUUCCAUGUUGUCGGACAAGGAAUUUACACAAAAUUACAUUAAAAUUAAUCGAGAAAGGUUGAGAAAACGGUAUGAAAUGAUCAUCGAUGGUUUGAGGAGGGCCGGAAUCGAAUGUUUGAAAGGAAAUGCUGGAUUAUUUUGCUGGAUGAAUUUAAGCAAUUUGUUGGAGAAACAUACAAAAGAGCAUGAAUUGGAUCUUUGGAAGACGAUAGUACAUGAAGUGAAAUUGAACAUAUCUCCGGGUUCGUCUUGCCAUUGUUCUGAGCCUGGUUGGUUUCGAGUUUGCUUCGCGAACAUGAGUGAGCGAACACUAGAAGUGGCACUUAGAAGAAUACAUGAUUUCAUGGAAAAACGAAGUCUAAUAGUAUGA